UCUUUCUCAGGAUCCUCCCGCAGUACCCCCAGUCAGCAUGCGGACUGCUGACAGGCUCUUUUACUCGGAGGUAGUCGGCGCCAUGCUGGGUAGUGAUUCUUUACUAUAUAUUGAGGAGGGGGACUACGCCACUUACCGUCACAUAUAUUUGAUGCCUCCAUUGACGGGAGCUCAUAUCCCGAUGAUGAGGCCUGCCGGUAUGUCAUCCUCGGGCCAGGCUCGGGCUCGGGCUGCAGACGCCCCUUCUACUAGUAGGGCAGGUACAUCUAGAGGUGGGAGUAGACCGGUUCCUCCGACUCCGUCGGCUUAUCCUCAUCCUGGAUGGCCAGAUAUGCCCACUGAGUUGAUGGCGUGGCAGUAUGGGGCUAUCUCCCCGACUCCGAUUCCGCUAGAGCCUCCGAUGCCCAGUGAUCGAUACGCCAUUGAUGCCGACUCACCGCUGGUAUGCUCCACUGUUUUUCAUUCAUCAUUCAGAUGUUUAGACAUUUUUUGUUCAUUGAUGAUUAUGAGCUCAUAUUUGCAGCCACCGCGAGGGUACAUGGAGGAGGUGGUUGGACUGGUGGCCACACUCGAGGGCAUGGUCCUGCGUAGGGAGGCACAGUUGUCUGUCGCGGGCAUUCAGAUGCCUUCAUGGUCCGGUCAGCCGCAGACCAGGCCACCUGGGCCUCCUUGGGGAGCUGGGCCGUCUGGGCCUUUUCAGGGAGUUGGGUCACCCGGACCUUUUCAGGGGGCGGGGCCAUCUCGGCCUUCCCGAGGAGCCGGGCCAUCUAGGCCUUUUCGAGGAGCUCGAGGGGGGCCUGUCCGCAGACGCAGGGCUCACGUUGUAGAGGUGGAGCCCGAUGAGGAGGAGGAGGAGGAGGAGGCCACAGAUCGUCAGUCCGAGACGUCUGCCGAGGAGGAGAAGGAGGAGGAGGAGGCUGAGGGGAAUCCUGAGGAUGACGGUUCUGACCCAGAUGAUGAUGAUGGUGCAGAAGCUGUCCCGCAAAAGAGGAUGAGGAGUGCUUCUCUUUCCCGCUCCCGAGGACAUUGA